AUGCCUUCAAAAGCACUCACUCGAGGCACGCGCCGGGAUCGCUCUGUCAAACCGCUCAAACUCGAGCCCGUCGAGGAGGACGUCAAGCCCACCGUCGACCCGCCCUUCCAGCCCUUCUCCCGCACCCAUCGCGCGGAGCUUGGGUCUUUGCUACACAAAAGCGCGGUCCGCCCGACUUCGUCCUUUGCUUCUUCCUGGGCGGCGCCCCGUUCCUUGGACCCGUCUUUGGUCCAAGACUGGUGUUCACGGCGGGCUGGAGGCGAUCGCAAGCGGAAGAACGGCGCGCAGUUAGCACCUUCUGCGAAUGCUGGUGGAAACUCAGGUGUCUGUGAGUCUGCCGCAGUCACUCUCAGCGUAAAGCGCGAACGCGCGGUGUCCCCUACCCUUCCCUCCUCCCGCCCUCUCCUUUCGAACACCCCGAAGGCUCGCAAGACCUCGACUCUGCCCAGCUUCGCAGUCCGACACACCCGCGCCCACGAUGCCAAUCCUCAUCCCUCAUGCCAGACUUGCACUCGCGCGCCCACACAAAGCUUGCUCUUGUCGCCUGUCUCAUCCUUGUCUUCGGCUCCCAUAUCGACCCCGGCCGUCUCCUCGUCUUCAGCCACGAUCAAGUCUGCACUUCGCACGCGAAACAAAGACGUGCAGUCUCAACCUUGCCGUGUCCGCUUCUCCGGUCUCUCUCCCGAGGCUCAUCAGGCGCAAUCUGAGGCACUCCAGUCCUCAGUGCAACGUCUGAACACUACCCCAACCGCAUAUACCCACCCCUCCUUGCCGUCGACUGUCUCCAGCUCUCUUCCCCCUCGUUUCAAGCGCAAACUUCCUGCUGCUACACCUGCCCCAGUCGUCGAACCUGCUACAGAUGCUGUUCCUCUGACGCCUUCGCUCGCUGCUCGACCGAGUCCCCCAGUUCUCGCAAUUUUGACUGCGCGCAAACAUCACACUGCCGCCCUAAGCCUGCCAGACUCAUCACCUCCUCCGGAUUCCUCUACUUCUUCCUCUUCCUUUGCUGCUGCCCCUUCGUCGACUCCACCAUCAGGUCCCUUACCAAAGGCAGAGAGUCUAGCUUCAAGCUCGCUGUUCCCUAUUACGUUCUUCUCGUCGUCUCCGCCUCCCUCUCCCGACGCAGCUGCAGACAAUCAGACGACCCAUGUCGAAACCCUCCAAGCGUCACCGCAACAGCCGGCAGACUGUAAUCCCCCCGUCACUGCGUCGCUUCCCGCCUGUAUUACUCUCUCUACAAACUCCCUUCCAUCUGACCCUACGCUAGUUCCAACGGCGACCAACUUCCACUCUCCGGACCCGUCUGCGUUGCGACGCGAUCGCCCUCGAACAUCUUCUGUCGACAUGCAAGCGUCGUCUCUCGUUGGUAGUCACACGUCGCGGGCCCGCGCCCGUGCCCCCGCGACUUUCAGAUUGCGGCGCAACUCAUCGGCUAUGGCACGAAUGAAUGCUGGAGACGCGUCUUCAGCCGGCGAAGGACCGGGAACGUCGCCGGUCGCUCCCAUGACCGCGACCAACGAGCGCGUUCAUGUCUCCGUAGGGCCCGAUGUGCGGAUCCAAGUCGUCCCCGUCAAGGCAAAGGUAGAGUCGUCAACAUCACCCGGAUGUCUUGCGGUCGCCCCUGCUAUCGCUACGUCUGGCAAGACCAAGGGGCACCGCUUGAAGCGCAAAGCGUCCGUCAUCGACUCCGUCAAGCCCGAGGGCAACGCGCCCCAAGAACGCGCCCCUCCCACCAAGAAGCCGCGCAAGCCACGCGUCCCACGUGCAAAGUCCACAGCGCGCCCGGUCGACCCCGCCGUACCCAAGAAGCGGCGGGGGCGACCGCCGAAAACCCGCACAGAGGCUCCCGGCGCGCGACCUCCGUCGCCUCCCCUCCCGACGUUCCGUCCUCCCUCACUCCCGGCCUAUCCAGACGACGGCCCAAUCGCGCGAGCCCCGUCGUUCAACGGCCCGAAGCACCCGCCGCUCGCGCGCGGGGGCUCGAUAUCGAGCGUCGGUGCGCUCUCGGGCCUCGCCUGGGACCCGGCGGGGUUCGCGAACAUGCACCUGAGCGCGCUGCCGUGGCUCGCGGGCGCGGCGUACGCGCCGGUCUCCAUCCACUUCGCCGAGCGCGAUGUGCUCUUCGAUCCUUUCAGCAGCGCCAACGGCCUGGGACGUGCGGCGGACCUUCCGACUGCGUACGUUCCCAUUCCCGUUGGUGUCGCGUGGUUUGGGCGGUACUAG